GGGCGGCGGGCGGAGACAGCGCGAGGCGGAGCGGGGCGGAGCUGCGGAGGUUAGUCCGACGAAGAACCAGAACAGAGAGGCCGCCGUCACCUGCCAGCAGCCCCGAGGGAAGAGAGAGAGAGGCCGGCGAACUGAGCACCGUGUUCGCCCGCAGGACUCGGGGGGUGGUGAGCGCGAGGCGACGCGAGGGUGGAACCGCCAGCGGUUUUGGACGCGGACGUCGCGGCGUUGCCAAGCCGACAACCCGGCGACAACCCUCCGAAAAGACUGAGAGGCCGAUGUUCAACGCGAGCGAGAGGCAGUCGAGCAGAGGAGCGGCUCUGGAUACAGCUGGAGAGAGUUAAACCCAAAACGGAGGAAUUAAUUCCGCGCUCUGACUGAACUCUGCUCUGUGGACUUUUCUCUUAGUUUUUCUUCUUUUUUUUUUCAAGAAAGACUCAUUCUCUGAAACAGACAUCAGUCUUUUUCGUUUGACAGUGAGAAUCUUGAAUGUUUGACCUCGACUGCUGCCUGAGAGAUGAAAGACUAGGUCCUUUUUCUUUUGGCCGCAGGAUUUGAGAGAAACUCUGCUGAAGGGGAAUUCAUUUCACCUUUCACUUCUCUGUAAUCUCUCUCUCUCUCUCUGUCUUUUUUUUUCUGAAAACGUUUUGUUUUUCGUGAGAGGACGAGAAGGACGUGACGGACUGAGGUUUCUCUGCCCGGAGCCUGAACAGCAUUUGAAUUCCUGUUUGGCUUUUACGAGAGGACAAAUCCUCCUUUGUUUUGCGACUUGCGAGUGUGUGUUUGUUUCGCUCACUGUCCCUCUGAGAUAUAUUAACGUGUGUCAGGGGACAAUAAGAGGCCCAGUGUGUCUCCUCCGGGACCAAAAUGGGAUCAGAAAAGGACUCGGAGUCGCCACACUCCUCUGUAAGCGGCGUACCCAACCCUAAGUGCCGUGCGGCGGGCAAACGCCAGCGCCGCAUCUCCUUUCACAGCCUUUUCCACAGCAAACGGGGCUCCCGGGGCACCAGGGGCACCAAAGGAGCAGCGGCCACCCCUUUAUCUCAUCUUCACCAACAUCAGCACACUCAACAACAGCUCCUGCCUUCUGCCUUGAGCCCAGCGCCCGUCGCAGCCUCCACUACGCCCACAACCACCACCACCACCACAGACACUACGAGCCCCCAGGACGCUGCCUCCGGCGCCCCGCCGAAGCCACUGUCCUCCAGCCAGCCUUCCCUGGGUGGAGCCCCUUCCUCUGGGGAGGCCAACCUCCUCGAGUGCCCCCUGUGCCUGGUGUGCCAGCCUGCCGAGCAGCUCCCCGAGCUGCUGGGGUGCAGCCACCGCUCCUGCCUCGGCUGCCUGCGGCAGUACCUCCGCAUCGAGAUCACCGAGAGCCGAGUCCAGCUCAGCUGCCCCGAGUGCGCCGAGAGGCUGUGCCCGCGGCAGGUGGCGGACAUCUUGGAUGACGCGGCCCUGCUGGACAAGUACGAGGAGUUCCUGCUGCGGCGGUGCCUCGCCUCCGACCCGGACUGCCGAUGGUGCCCGGCGCCCGACUGCGGCUUCGCCGUCAUCGCCUCGGGCUGCGCCAGCUGUCCCCGGCUGGUCUGUCGCAGAGAGGGCUGCGGUGCCGAGUUCUGCUACCACUGCAAACAGGCCUGGCACCCCAACCAGACCUGCGACUCUGCCCGCCAGCAGAGGGCGCAGUCCCUGCACACCCACAGCAACCACUCGCCCAGCUACACACAGGAGCAGGGACCCGCCGAUGACAUCAAGCCGUGUCCUCGCUGUGGCGCCUACAUCAUCAAGAUGAACGAUGGGAGCUGCAAUCACAUGACCUGCGCCGUCUGCGGCUGUGAGUUCUGCUGGCUCUGCAUGAAGGAGAUCUCCGACCUGCACUACCUCAGUCCCUCCGGCUGUACCUUCUGGGGUAAGAAGCCUUGGAGCAGGAAGAAGAAGAUUUUGUGGCAGCUGGGAACUCUGAUCGGAGCUCCGGUCGGCAUCACCCUCAUCGCAGGCAUCGCCGUUCCCGCCAUGGUCAUCGGCAUCCCCGUUUACGUCGGCCGCAAGAUCCACGCCCACUACGAGCUGAAGAAGACGUCCCGUCACAGGAGGAACCUGGCCAUCACCGGGGGCGUGGCCCUGUCCAUCGUCACCGCGCCCGUCAUCGCAGCUGUCAGCGUGGGCAUCGGCGUGCCCAUCAUGUUGGCCUACGUGUACGGCGUGGUGCCCAUCUCUCUGUGUCGCGGCGGGGGCUGCGGCGUGAGCAGGGGGAAGGGCCGCGGCGUACGAAUCGACUUUGACGAGGAUGACGGACCAAUCACGGUGGCGGACGCGUGGCGAGCGCUCAAGUCUCCGAGCCUCGGCGACAGCAGCCUGGACGGGGCGGUCAGCGGCCUGAGCACCACGUCCCCCAGCGAGGGGCUCUCUGUGGCCCCCGGGACUCUGGGUGACACGCCGCACUUCAACACCUUGGCAGGCGGGGCCCUGGGAACCCGCACGGGCAAAUACAGCAGACUGGACGUUCAAGCGGCCGAGCUGGCUAAAGAAUCGGCCCAGAGGGAGACGGGCAGCCUGGGCGCAGGGAGCGACUGUGCCAGCACCAGAGGAAUGGCCGGAUCCAUCAUCUCCUCCUACACGCUACCUGACAGGGAGUGCACCAACCUGGAGAUCCAGGUGGACAUCGAGACCAAACCCAGCCAUCUCUGCCUGACCAGCGAAGAGGACCUCACCCCACCGCCGGGCUCUGCCGCCAUGGCGACCGCCUCAGGCGGCGAGGAGCCUCAGGACUGCAGCUCCAGAAGGGGCGGGGCGUUGUCCGGGUCCGCUCUGGGCCUGUCUCCGGGGGUGUCGAUCAGGGAGGGGCUCAGAGACGUCACCCUGGCUCAGCCGGAGAGCAUCCGCAGUGACCUGGAGAUGUCGGACACACAGUCGGACGACAUCGCGGAGCUGACGUCGGACGACUGCGACUCGCCUCACCCCAAAAGCUGCCGCCCGCAGCAGCAGCCCCCGUCCUGCCGAGCCCUGCACCCCUCCACCGAAGGCCUUCACUGUCCCCCGGACGGCAACGUCAUCCUCUACGUCUGAGAGAACGUUCUCUCUCAGGAUUGCACAAAGAAAGAAGAAAAACAAAAAAAGAACUAAUCCCCCCCAACAUUUACAUUUAAACUCUCUCUUACUUCAUCGCUUUUUAUCUGUCGUCAUUUCUCAUUUGCUGCUUUUUGCGACGCACAGACACUCGUCUCAAACACAGACAGCGUCCGCUUACUUCUGUCUGUCUUAUCUAUCGACCUGUCAAUCUCCUCAACGAGUACAUUGUCAGGGCUCUACCUCUGAGAUUUAUAAGAUGAUGAUUUAUGUUUACUCCUUGGUGCAAAAUGCCUUGGCUACUUAAGCAAAAAAAAGAAGAAAAGAAAAGAAAUUAAAGAAGAGGUACAAGUUUUCCACAAGAAAUAGUUCAAACGAGGUGAAACGUCACCAAGCACAGCGGAGGGAGGGAGUCGGACUGUUGGGAUGUUUAUAACGAAUGUGUGAGUGAAUGUGGACUUUGUACUCGACUAUCGUGGCUUUAUUUUCCUCCUUUCCCCUCUAUUUAUAUUCAGACGACCUUGAAAUUGUAUCAUUUUGCCGUGUGCAUGAGUCUGCAUGAGCCAUGUCCAGUGUGAGAGGUUUCAGAAAGGGCAGCGAGUUUCUGUUGCACCGGUGAAGUUUACGUAAAGAAAGAAGCUGCACUUUUUCUGCACAGAGGAGUAAGAAGAGGAGGACGAGGAGGAGGAGCAGGGCUUUGAAAGUCAAGGCUUUCUCAAUUACAGAAAUGAAGGACUGAGUUCUGACAAUGACGUGGAGAGUUCUGCUAGUUUUCUAUGAUUUUUGACAUAAUAGUAAACAGUUUUCUGACUUUCUGAAAUCAUGUGGAGUCACUGUCUGAUGGCUUGAUCUGCCUUCAUGUAAAAAAUUAUAAAUUUUUUACAUUUAACACAUUAAACAGCCAUACAACUUCCGAUUUAGAUUUAGAUCCACAUGUACAUCUAAUACAAACCACACAUAUGAAACAGUAAUGACAAGAUGUUGGAGUGUGUGUGUGUGUGUGUGUGUGUGUGUGUGUGUGUGUGUGUGUGUGUGUGUGUGAGUGAGUGUGAAUGGACUCCUGAUGAAUGUACCACUUCGUUUUUUGAAUGAGCACUUGUGCACUUUAUCUGAAUUGAUCUUAUUUAUCUCUAAUUUUGUUUUUUUUGUUUGUUUUUUUACUGUUCAUCGUCUGUUGCUAUGAGGAGGUUUACCUCAGUUGGUACAACCAAAAUAAAUCACCUGCCUUAAGGCCUUUUAUGUUGGAUGUAACUCGAGAGGAGUUUGGCUCGAAAACAUCAUAUAACCACUUUUCAAAAAAUAUGUUCAUCAUUCAUCAUUUUUAAACUGAAAGGACAUCCAAUGUUUUUUUAUCUUGCGAUGCAAAGACUUUAACUAUCUCAUCUUUUGUAUUGUUUUUUUUCCCGUCUUAAUCAUCUUCUACAGCUCACUGUCACUUGUGGACGUCUGGUUUUGGAGCCAAACACUUCAAUGAUUGAUGCCAAUAAGCUUUUCUUAAUCAUAACUCACUCGCCUGACUUUGCUUCUCAGCUUUGUAUCACCUCUGUGCUUCUGUUGAAAAAAGGUUUUUCCUUCAAUCCACGAGAUCUCGACCUGGAAGCCUUUUUCCCCCCUCCCUCAUAUCAGAGUAGCUUUAUGGAUUUGAGCUGCUUAUGUAACUCGGCAGUGCUUCGUUUUGGUUCCACACUUAUCACUUGUUUCUGCUGCCUGUGAGAAAAACACACAAACGCAUCACGGACGGAAACCAACCGACACUUCCCCCGAAAGAGUCUGAGCGAGCGUCACGGGAGGAGUCCUGUUGAAAACACAGGUUCCUGUCUUUCAUUUGAGAAAAAGUUUUUCAGAGUAUAUAGAUGGCAAUACUGUAUUUAAGUGUGAUUCUUCUGUUUGUGUGUUUCCCUGUUACUGUCUGAGCUCUGCCUCGUGUCGGGGGUUGUACACGCAGGACUGUGAAAGACGACCUGUGGACCUUUUGAGGGGGGAGAGAAAUGAAUAAACACAAUCUGAUGUUGCACCAAA